GUUAUCAAAAUUUCCGCGAAGUAAACAAUCAUUUAAUAAUUGUUUUGUUCAAUAUACAAAGCGUAAAAUAGCCAAAGAAUCGUUAAAUAAUUCAAGAUUUAUUGCUAUUACAUUUCAAUCUGACAAAUUUCAUCAAAUUUUAGUUUGUCAACUCAACUACCCUAACAAACCUGACACACAGCAUAGGCGCAAGACUAAGGUUGUCUAUCAGAAGAUUUUGACUGGAAGCAUAAUCCUCUGA